CUCCGAUUCGGGCUAACUUCUGACGAAUUAACAUCAAUUCAUUCACUUGUCAUUUCAAACCUCUAGGAAUAGGAAGAAUUUACCGUGAAGCUUCAUACACCUAGACUUAUUUUUUAUUCAUCUUAUUUUCAUCCGGCGGUUUUUCUACCCUUCUACAUCGUCCAUACGCAGUAUUAUUUUCACCCUAACAGUAUAACUCGCCAGUUACAUUAAAUCCACCCCACUAUCACUAAUAUUUUCCUUUCGACUUUGUGACGUCGUACCAGAGGGGCAUCAACGCUCAAGAGCAAGGAGUUUGCUCUUUUCUUUUUCAUGGCCAUGGACGCCAUACUCCAAGGCAAUACCAGCAGUGAAGGCUGGAUCGUGCAAAAAUUCGGGGGUACAAGCGUCGGGAAAUUUCCAGAUUCGAUUGCAGAAGACAUUGUUCGAGCAAGCUUGAGUUCGAAUAAGAUCGCUGUCGUCUGCUCUGCCAGAAGCUCUGGCAAGAAAGUAUCUGGCACCACCAGUCGCCUGUUGGAGGUAUACAAACACUUGCGUGCCAUAUCAGCAGCCACGAGCAAUGAUGUCACACAGACUGAGUUCGUCGACGCAGCCAAGCUCGUCGUCCAAGACAUCUGCAAUGAACACGUCUUGGCAGUACAGACCUUCGUGAAGAACCCUGACCUACAAAGAGCUCUCACCUCGGACAUCAAAGAUGACUGCCAAGAACUAAUAGACUACAUCAUUGCCGCCAAGCGAUUUAAUCUAGAGGUCAAUGCUAGAUCCAAGGACCGGGUUGUCAGCUUUGGCGAGAAGCUGAGCUGCAGGUUCAUGGCCUACCUAUUGAAAGACAGGCAUGUUGAUGCGGAGUAUGUAGACAUGUCUGAUGUUAUGCAUUAUGACAGCUCCGAUCGAUUAACUCCGGCUUUCUACAAAGAUGCGGCGGCCAUCUUCCGGAAGAGGAUACAAGCCUGCAAUGACAGAGUACCCGUUGUCACAGGCUUCUUUGGCAACGUCCCUGGUAGCUUGAUGGAUGGAGACAUAGGUCGAGGAUACACCGACUUAUGCGCGGCAUUGGUUGCAGUAGGACUCAAGGCUCAAGAGCUGCAGAUAUGGAAGGAGGUGGAUGGUAUCUUCACGGCAGAUCCCACAAAAGUUCCCACAGCAAGAUUAUUAGCCUCCAUCACGCCAUCCGAAGCAGCAGAACUUACCUUCUAUGGUUCUGAAGUCAUCCAUCACCUGACUAUGGAUCAAGUCAUCAAGGCCGAUCCGCCGAUACCUAUUCGCAUCAAGAAUGUGAAUAAUCCUCGUGGUAAUGGUACCAUUGUCGUUCCAGACCCCGUACAUUCCCCCACACAGCAGAUCAAGAGAUCCCGGCCGUCGGAAACAUCAUUACAAAAACACCCAAAGAGACCCACUGCCGUUACCAUUAAGAAUAACAUCACUGUCAUCAACGUCCACUCGAACAAGCGCUCCAUAUCUCAUGGAUUCUUCGCCAAAGUGUUUUCGAUCCUCAACAGCCAUAGGAUAUCAGUCGACCUGAUCUCUACGAGUGAGGUCCACGUAUCCAUGGCCAUCCACUCCAGCAGCCCAUCCGUUCGUCACUUCGAAAAAGCCAAGGCAGAACUGGAAGAAUGCGGCGACGUGAGCAUAUUGCUGGACAUGGCGAUUCUGAGCUUGGUGGGUGCAGAGAUGAAGAAUAUGAUCGGUAUUGCCGGCCGUAUGUUCUCCACGCUGGGAGAACAUAACGUUAAUAUUGAGAUGAUAUCCCAGGGUGCGAGCGAGAUCAACAUAUCGUGCGUCAUCGAUGCGAGAGAAGCCACCAGGGCCAUGAACAUAUUACACACGAACCUAUUCACUUUCCUUGAAUAGUGGUGUAAUAUUUCCGCGCAAAGUCGUUUAUACCGCCAUGUAGGGGCAGCUUAGUUACCUACAAAUAUUAGGAGUAUCAUGGAUGGAUAAGUAGAGAUUUAGGUUCAACUCCUACCAGGCCUGUCGCGCCCUCUACUUAUUUCACCCCUUCUCCUACCUAGCUACAAACAUGUAGUUAGUGUAUAUCUCUCGACACGGGCUUGAUGUAAUAGUGAACCUGUCCAACCAGAGCUUUACUAGGGGGUUUAAAAAACACAAGGUUUCAUAGAUCUCUUUGCAUAGAAUUGUGAGCUAGGAUACAACGCAUAAUGCAAUUUGGCGUUUCGCUAGGCAUAUGAUUCCGAAGCAAUGGCUUGAAGCUAUCAGUCUCUGUUUGCGCGAUUUCGUGAGAAUGAAGUGGAUUGUAGCCGUGGAUGUUUUAAAACAGUAGUGCGAUAACCCCUUUUAUCCAUAUUUUGUUGGAUGAAUAUGACUUAGGUAGAUAAUCCAUCAAAUUGUUUCUCACUUAGCCAUGAAGGUGUAAUUGACAAUAUAGCGCACCCGUCCCUCAAGUAAUGUGGUAAGGUUUUGCCAACCUGGGUAGGUGUGAGGCUUGAAUCUGGGUGUUGAUUCGUUGAUUUUCGAAAG